AGCACCUCAUCAGAGUGGCAAUAACAGCGGUGUUCUUCACGCUGGAAUUUACUAUGCACCUGGCAGCCUCAAGGCGAAACUUUGUGUUCGUGGUAUUGAUCUGGCAUAUGAAUAUUGCGACAAACAUAAUGUGCCAUACAAAAAAGUCGGGAAGCUGAUUGUUGCUGUGGAGGAAGCAGAAGUACCACGUUUGGAGGGCCUGAAGGCAUUGUGGUCUCCUCACACAGGGAUCGUUGAUUGGGCAUUGGUCACCAAUUCAUACGCAGCAGACUUCGAAACACGUGGAGGUACCGUUUAUACAGAAUAUCCAUUGAAAAGCAUGACAGUUGUUGGCGAGUCGUCCAAACUGGGUGCCGCAAAUGAUUAUCCCGUUGUCCUGGAGUCAGAACCUUCUUUGUCAAAAAUCCGUUCGAAAUUUGUGAUAACUUGCUGCGGACUACAGUCGGAUCGUGUUGCACAGCUUUCGGGUGGUUCACCCGUUCCCAAAAUCAUCCCAUUCCGUGGCGAAUAUCUUUUGCUGGUUUCCGAGAGCAAGAAAAAACUUAUAACAACAAAUGUUUACCCGGUGCCGGAUCCUCGUUUUCCGUUCCUUGGCGUCCACUUCACACCUCGCAUGAACGGAGAUGUGUGGCUGGGACCGAAUGCAUUGCUGGCGUUCAAAAGAGAAGGAUAUAGGUUUUCGGAUAUUUCAUUCACAGAUCUUUACGACGCUCUUAGUUACAAGGGUAUGAGGAAACUUGCAUUCAAAUUCCUGGGGUACGGCAUAAAGGAAUUCUAUCGUGGGUUAUGGAUCACGGGGCAAGUGAAGCAACUGCAGAAAUUUAUGCCAGAUUUGAGGAGAUCAGAUGUUGCACGUGGUCCAGCGGGAGUUCGUGCCCAGGCACUCGAUCUGAAUGGAAACCUUGUGGAUGAUUUUGUCUUCGACAGUGGCCAGGGAGAAUUGAGCAAGCGUGUCUUGCAUGUACGUAAUGCACCUAGCCCUGGCGCUACAAGUAGCUUGGCCAUUGCUGAAAUGAUUGGCGAACGGGCAUCUACGUUGUUCAACCUGAAGCACAAAGCCCCAAAAUCACCGACCGCUCCUCGAGAUUUACGCUCACAGUGAAU